GAGAGUGAGUCCUCUGUAAUUUCAAAAUUGGCAGAGGAAAGAAAGAAUCGUCGUUACGUUCCCGCAGACUUCGCUCUCACCUGAUCUCCGAUCCUCCCUCUGAUUUCAUACCGGACAGAGAUUCUUCCGUUUGAUUUCUCAUUUUUGGAUAAGAAUUAAUCCUUCUCGUUAUCCACUCCACGCCUGAUCGAUCGAUCCCACAUUUUAUCCAUACAAUCCUCACUUUCACCAUUUUCGCAUCCACAUCACGUUGCUUGUUUUAUCCACAUGUUCCCCGAUUUUCACUCCUUCAAGCUCACUCACUGAUUAUAUCUCUUUAAUUAGCAGUAGCAGAGCAGUUGCAGUUGCAGUUGAAUUGACGAUUAAUUAAUUUUUUUUUUCGUUAGCUUGUUGUGUUCGGCGGUUAUUGCAUUUGAUCUGUCUUUUGGCGUCGUUUCUUUGCGAGAAUUUGUUUCUAUAAUUUAAGCGGUGAAGAAAUGGAAGAAUAUUUACAGGAAAUCAAUGUUGAAUUUGGAAGCGGCGGAAAGCAAUGUGUGAGGAUUCCGUUUCCGGUGAUUAUCGGCGCAGGUCCGUCCGGUCUGGCGGCGGCGGCUUGCCUGAAGGCGAAAGGCGUGCCGUCGCUGGUUCUAGAAAGAUCCAAUUGCAUAGCGUCGCUAUGGCAGUUGAAAUCCUACGAUCGGCUGAAGCUCCAUUUGCCAAAGGAGUUCUGCGAGCUUCCGAUGAUGGCGUUCCCGCCGGAAUAUCCGAAUUAUCCGACGAAGCAGCAAUUCAUCGAGUAUCUGGAGGCGUACGCUUCGCGGUUCGAAAUCCGGCCGAUUUUCAAUCAGAGAGUCGUCCGCGCGGCGCUGGACGAGCGUCUCCGCCUCUGGAGAGUAACGACGACGGCGGCGGCGGCGGAUUCUAAAUCGGAGACGGAGUAUCUCUGCCGGUGGGUGGUGGUGGCGACGGGGGAGAAUGCGGAGGAGGUGGUGCCGGAGAUUGAAGGUAUGGAGGAAUUCAAAGGCGGUGUGGUGCACACGUGUCAGUAUAGGAGUGGCUCAGUGUAUGUAGGCCAGAAAGUCCUCGUCGUAGGGUGUGGAAACUCCGGCAUGGAAGUCUGCUUGGAUCUCUGCAACCACCACGCCGCACCGUCGCUCGUCGUCAGAGACACUGUACACAUUCUGCCGAGAUCGGUUUUUGGGAGAUCGACUUUCGGUUUAUCGAUGUGGCUACUGAAAUGGUUCCCGGUCCGUCUGGUGGACCGGUUCUUGCUGGCCGUUUCCCGGGUCGUUCUGGGCGACACGUCCCGGUUCGGGCUGAGACGGCCGGAACUGGGCCCGCUGGAGCAGAAGAAUCUGACCGGAAAAACCCCAGUUUUGGACGUCGGGACACUCGACAAGAUCAAAAGUGGAGACAUAAAGGUACGUCCGAGUAUAAAAAGAUUAAGACGUCAAUCCGUGGAAUUCGUGGACGGAAAAAGUGAAAAUUUUGAUACGGUAAUCCUAGCAACAGGGUACAAAAGCAAUGUGCCGUCUUGGCUAAAGGAAACCAACAUGUUCUCGGAAAAAGAUGGCCUCCCAAAAAGGGCGUUCCCGAAUGGUUGGAAAGGCGAAGAUGGGCUAUACGCAGUAGGGUUCACCAAGCGCGGCCUUCUCGGGGCAUCGAUGGAUGCCAAGAACAUUGCAGAUGACAUAGGAAGUUGUUGGAGGGAAGAAGCAAAUAAUUUGAAAACAAUUUCUUGGACACUUUCAUUGCAAGAAAACAUUAAAUUUGAUUGAUUGCGUGGCAAUAUGGUAAAGUAAAUGAAAUUAGGGUUUGUUAGGAUUUGGGACAUAGGUGAAAAAAAAAAAAAAGGAGGUAUUUCUGGUAAAAAGAAAUUGUCAAUUGUCAAUUAUCCUAUAUAAGUGUGAAUUAGGGUUUUGUAGGGUUUGUUUCUUCAUUUGUAUAAA